AUGCAGUGUAACAGGAAAGUACUCGGAAUCCUCACAGCUGCUAUACUCCUGCUUGUAGCCGUAGCUAUCGCUCUGGUAUUAGUGCUUGUUGUCUUCAGGGAGGAUGUUGUAAAAGUAAAAACCCCGAACGCAGGAACAAUUCUCGGGAGUACAAGCAUCCUAAAGGACGGCGAUACAAAGAUACAAGAGUUUCACAAUAUCCGUUAUGCUGAUCCUCCUGUUGGAAUGUUGAGGUUCAGACCGCCAGUAAGGCACUUUGAAGAGGACCCUGAAAAUGAGGUUCUAGCAACAGACAGUACGGAGAUUAAAUGUGUCCAGGCAACGUCUGGCGAAGGAGCGGAAGAUUGUCUGUUUUUGACCGUUCGGUCUGGAGAUUUGAAUGCUUCCAAGCCUGUUCUAGUAUGGAUACAUGGAGGGGGACUUUCAUUUGGUCACGGAACAUCGCCGGGUUACAGUUUUGAUUCAGAGGUGACUCACAAGGUUGAUGCUGUGACUGUUAACAUUAACUACAGGUUAGGUUUCCUUGGUUUCAGUUCAGUGAAGGAGUUGUGGGACGAGGACGAGGGUGUCUACGCUAACAAUGGUAUCAGAGAUAUGAUCGCAGCUCUGGAUUGGAUACAAGAUAAUAUAGCAGCGUUCGGUGGAGACCCUGGCUCGGUAACCCUGAUCGGCGAGAGUGGAGGUGCUACAGCUGUGCUGGCUCUAACUUGUUCCCCCCUAGCUAACAACAAGUAUCAUGCCGUCAUUUCACAGAGUCCAGCCCCAGAGAUGAGAUUUACUCACGUAGAUGGAGAUGUUCACCAAAGGACCAUAGUUGAUCAACUCGACUGCACCCAGGAAGCGGCUGCUGACCGUAAACAGUGUCUCUUAGAACUACCUGCUGAAAAGUUUUCAGGGAAAUAUCUUGACAUUAUGAGCGGAUUGGGUUACUUUACUUUCCCCUUACUGCUUGGUGAGAAAGCGGAGGUUGUAGGACUGGUUGUGAUCGAUCCAGUUGUGGUGACUGUGUCUCCUAGGAACUUGAGCUCAGGUGAUUUUACUCCGUCCUCUCCGUUACCCAUAAUAGUUUCGAACUUAGCAGAGGAAAACUGGCAGAGUGAUUGGGAGCUCAAUCCACCGUUUACUUCCAAGGCUGAUUUGAGGACAAAACUGAACCCGCUGUUUAAAAACUUGUCAGACGAACCAAAUGUGACGGACGAAGUGAUAGCCCUGUACCCUAACCAAGACCCGGUUUCUAUUUGGAGUCUUAUGACUUGUGACAUGAGGUCCACUUGUCCGACUAACAGUGUAGCUGAGGCCAUGUCCGCUGCUCCCCACAGGGACAUUUACAGACUGUACAUCACCCACCGUUCUAGUCUAGGGGUUCCUGCCUUCCAUGGUUAUGAUUCCAUCGUGUUUUUCGGGUACAAAAGUGAAAUGUUUGUUGCAAGAGAAUUAGAUACCAAGUUUGAGAAACAUUAUAUUGAUAUGGUCAAAAAGCUGGCGAAGGAAAACACAUUUGAGGAUGGGUGGAUGACGUUUCCCGGGAAAUCUAUGAUAUACGAGAACUCUGAUGAGAUUUCUAAAAUUAGCAGUAGUAAACCUCAGCAGAUCGUGUGUGAGAAACUGAGUGAACUGAAUUUGGUUAAAUAUGGCUGGCAAAAUAAGUAG